AUGACAACCAUCGACACGUUGGCCCCCGCUGUAUUGCUGUCAUCAACAACUACCACAACAACAACAUCAUCAUCAUCAUCAUCAUCAUCAUCAUCAUCAUCAUCAUCAACAACAACAACAACAUUGGCGGACAAGGACCCAAACGCCCGCGACGUCCCCGCCACGGACUUGAAGAACACCCAACCGGGACCAGUCCUCAUCGUUCGCGGUUUGACAAAGAGAACAACAGACGAAAUGGUGUACAGCGCGUUUGCUGUAGUGCAGCCACCGCUUGCUGUGCGCCUUGUCCGUGAUCGCUUCACCUCCGAAUCCCGCGGGUUUGCCUUCCUCGACUAUUCCAGCCCAGAGGAAGCGACGAGCGUGUUGAACCGCAUCCAGGAGUCGCCUGUGCCGUUUCUCAUUGACAACGUUCAAGUGCGCCUGUCAUUCGCGAAGGAGGACCGCCAGCACCCCCAGACUUCCCAGAGCCACACUGCAAACGCCGCCAUUCAAGCUGCCAUGGCCCAGCGCGCCAGCUUGUAUGGUGGUGACCCCACGGGCCACACGUUGAGUGCACAGCCGCAGCCUGUGGCCACUCCCUCGUCAGCACACACCAACCCUGCUUCCACGGCACCGACAACAACGACGCCUGCUUCUUCUGCUGCCGCUGUCACUGCUACCACCGCGCCUGCAACCACGCCAACCAGACCAGCUGUUGUGCAGCAGGCCGCAACCGCCGACACCGCAGCACCUUCCACAAGCACCACUGCAUCAGCACCAACAGCGACUGCCACCGCUGCCGCUACGACUGCGAUGGUGACAGCAGCAACGACAACGGCAGCUGCGCCCGCCACGACACAGCAGGGCGCGUCGCUGUCUGCUCCGCCGAGCAACCCGCUCGAGCGCUUGCAGAUGGACCCGCACUCGGGGUACGCGUAUGAUCCCGUCAGCGGCUACUACUAUGAUCAGUCGUCCGGUUAUUUCUAUGACAGUAGCACGGGUGUGUACUACGUGUUCGACACUGCCACGCAGGCAUUUGUUGCGGCAGCAGCCGCUGGCGGUGCCGCUGCGGGUAGCAAGGAGAAGGACAAGGAAAAGAAGCGCAAGAAGCAAGCGAAGAAAGUGGCACAUGACCUUGAGAAGUGGCAGCGCCAGCAGGAAUCUGCCGCCGCCAAAGGUGGCCCUGCUAAACCAAUUGCCGAGCUCCGCAUCAAGCGUAUGCCUGCCACCAAGGAGGAAGAGGAGGCGCUUCGUGCGCCGAGCGCCGAGAGAGCAGCUGGACCUCAAGGGCAGCAACAGGAGAACAACAAUGAUGAUGAUGGUAAUGGUGCCAGUGAUACGAAGCCGGAGGGGCAAGAAGGUUCCCAGCAGCCACCACAGCAAACAGGCAAGAAGCCGGCAGGCAAGACCGAUCUGCACGCUCUGCUGCGGAAGCUGCCGCCAACGCAGGGCAGUCCCAAUGAUUGGGAGACGAUGCAGGCGCGCUCGCUCGUGGACCUGGACAAGGUGGCGUGCCUCGUGUGCAAGCGGCAGCUGGAUACUGUGGAGAAGCUUGAGAAGCACGUGCGUCUCUCCAAAUUGCACAAGGAGAAGGUGGUCAAGGCGCGGUCCAAGCUCUUCAACAAGCUCAGUGAGGGUGAACGUGAAACCCUUGAGCGCUUGGAAAGCAAGCCCAUGUACCGUGACAGGGCCCGAGAGCGCCGCCAGAAGUACGGGCAGCCCGAGCGGCCGGCUGAUGCCAUGACAGGUCGUCCUGCUUUUCAGCAAUCAGGAUUCGAGCAGCCAACGCUGAAUGGCAUUGGGUCUGACAACAUUGGCAACCAGCUGUUGAAGAAGAUGGGCUGGAAGGCCGGCGAGGGCCUUGGCUCUCGCAAGCAGGGCAUCGUUGACCCCGUACAGGCUGAGAUUCGGACCAGGAACGCUGGCCUGGGCUCUGGGACCGUGAUGAAGGUUGAUUCAAUGCCAACAACGUACAAGGGGAUUGUGCGCCAAAAGGCAAAGGAGCGCUAUCGUCGCAUUGAGCGCGAGGAGGGUGACACGCACGAAUGA